CUUCCGUAGCAGCAACUAACAUCGCAUCAUCUUCCUCUUUUGAGUGUAUCUCGAUCUUCCUUUCCACCUUCAUCGCCAAGAUUUGUAACCAUUAAUACGGCUCGAUCAUUCACAUCAACUCAACACGCUCUAUUCUCACAGCAUUACGGCACCGAAAGCGCGGCGCUGCACAGACAACAUUCUUUCCCCGUCAUUCUUAUUUCGCUAUAACCCGUAUCUUCUGAGUUUGUUGCAAAUUAACUCAACAUCAACAAAACGGCAAUAGAAAAUUCUUCAAAUAAAAUCAAACAAUCUAGUCACAACAUCACGAUCGCGGCGAAAGAAGGGAAAUAGAGGAGGCAUCUCAAGUGAGAAGAAAGCAAAGAUAUCUGAUCGACGGUGUCCGCUCUCAAUCUUUGUAAAUCAAAAUGACAACUCCACGUAAGAGCGGUUUGCCUGUCUUUGCAGCUUCCGGUGAUACAUCCGUAGAUGGAUCAAACACUGCCCUUCCAAAGAUGAUUGCACGAAAAUCACUCGUGGGACUACGUCAAGCAUCUAUAAAUGAAGCAGAAUCCUCUACUACGCCAAAGAGAUCAUCUAUACAAAAGAACAUCAUCGAACCAACUCCUACUACGCAAAAGAUGAAACGGAAACUUGAGAUAGGUGAUGAAGUAGUGGCAGAAGUGAAUGGUACACGAUACUUCGGCGUUUUACGACAUUUGGGACCGGUAUCCUUUCGAGCAGGCGAGUUUGCAGGACUUGAAUUGAUUGGAGGAAGUGAAGGCAAAGGAAAGAAUGAUGGAAGCGUUGAUGGUCGUCAAUACUUUGCUUGUGAGCCAAACAAUGGAAUGUUUUGUCCGGCCGCAAAGGUAAAAGUCGUUUCUUAUGCACCUGUAACAGAAGCCACUGCUCGUCCACAAUCAGCAAUGUCAUCCAGAUCAGGACGAUCUUCGGUUACCGAUGAUGCCAACAGACCGCCAUCUGUCACGCCUGGCAGACCAAGAUCCAGUAUGGCCUAUUCUGCCUUGCCCAAGCCUGCUGUGACUCCUGGCAGACCAAUGUCUCGAACCUCGAUGGGAAGACCAGGUUCUUCAUUGUCACAGACGCCGACUGCGAAAGUACCUCUUCCUCGCAUGUUACCUCGAAAAUCUUAUGCAGAUGGACUUGCUGAUGAAGAAGGUAGAAGGAGAGCAAAAACAUCAGCAGAAGAAGCUGCCAAAGCUGAAGGUCGAAUCACUGAGGGUAGUCGAGCUCAUCAGUUCCUCAACAUGAGCGCAAAAGAUUUGGAGGCAAGAAGACUCAGAGGAGCAGCAACGCCAACGACAAACAUGAAUGGUGGUAGCCCAUUGAAAGAGACACUACUGGGUGCUCACAAGACUGCACCAAUCACCCCAAAGAUUCGUACUAGUAUUGGUUCCUCACUGCCUACUGCAUCCUUGGCUCAUGCUACACCGAAAGCUACAGCAAAAGGCCGAUCAUCUCUGUUCGGCCAUGCAAAUAAAGCUACAAUUGCCAACGGCAAGAUGGCACCGCCCUCCGCUGCCAGUCCUGGCUCUCCUGUACAAAGAAUACCAAAUGCACUCGCUCCGCCAUCUGCAAGCACCAACUCUUCCAGCACUAUACCACGUACACCCCGUCGAUUAUCAAGCGCAAGCGGAGGUACAAGCACUGCAGUUGACGAAGGUGCCGAUCAAGAUGGAGCGAAAGAGCGUAAUAGAAGUUUGUUGGAAGCUAUGGCUCUUUUGACGCCUGCCCAAAAGGCGAAAGAUAUUUCUCCCUCACUUGAAGAAAUUCCAGCGUUGCCAAGGGAUACCGAUUAUGAUCCUGAUAAUGUGUUCGCAGGAGCAGGGCUAGCAUUAAUGCCUGAUGACGGAGAGAUGGUCAAUGGCAGCUCAUCCGUGGAUACUGCUAUGGGACAUGCAGUCAUUCCGUUAAGCCUGUAUGAAGAGAGCAAUAUGGAAAUCACACAUCUCAAAACAGAAUUGGCGCAAUUACGUUCUUCAAUGCAAGAAGCAGAAGAAAAGGCAAAGAAUGCGCAAGACAUUGAAUUGGAACGAGCAAAGAUAAAAGCACGAGAAGAAGAACGAAAAGAAGCAGAAGAAGAACGGAGAGUAGAAAAAGAAGAUGAACGAAGGAGAAGGAAAGCUGAACUUGAUACAAAAGAAAAAGAAUGGAAAGAGAAAGCAGAUGGCAUUCAAAAAGAAUUACGCAAAUUGCAGGAUGAACAUAUGCGUGUACGGGAAGAGCACGAAAAGACAAAGACCGACUAUGAGUCGAGAUUGAAGGACAACGAGACAUUGGUGGAAAAGCUAAAGAGUACUGCGGGAGAUCCUAAUGCAAAGAGUAAUGAGAGCUCUGGACAAAUUCAAGCGAAAGACUUGGAACUGUCGCAAUUGAACGAACGUCUACAGAGAUUGGAGAGCUUACGCGAGCAAGAAAAGGCUGACCUUCUGAAAGAGAUUGAUGAAUUGAAAGAUGCAGGACAAGAAGCACUUGAUUUGUACGAUCGAGAACAGGCGAUAAGCAAUGAGCAAAUAAUUGAUUUGGAGUCGAAAAUGCAUUUAUUGGAAGCAAAAGCGCAAGAAGCCAUCGCUGAUGCCUUACGCGAGCGUGAUGAAGCCCUGCAAGGAAUGACUAAUGGCGGACUUUCAUCGGUUGCCGAGAUUGGUCAACGUAGUCUGGAAGAACAAUUAACUCAAGCACAAUCGCGAGCUAUGAAAUUGGAAGAUCAAUUGAGUGAAGCAAAUACGAUCAUGCAACAAGAACGUGAAGAGCACAUCAAACGAAAAGAUCGAUAUGCUGAGUACGAGCAAAAGUUCAAGAAUGAUAAGGCUAAGCUUAAGUUGCACAUCAAGCAGCUCGAAGAAGCAGACUCAGAAAAGCAAUUACGAAUCGAUAAACUUGUGGAAGCAUUGGAAGAGUCUAGAUCUGCUCUUGAGAGUGAAAGGAGUGAAUUGGAAGCUUUGCGUGCCGAAGCUAUGAUCAUGGGCGAAGGACCUGAUGGAAAAGAAGUCAAAGCAUUAGAGAAUGGUCGAUUCGAGGCUGAGAUUGAACGUCUCAACGGACUGUUGGAAGGUGCACGAUCAGGCAAACGGGAAGCGAUUAGACAAGUUGAAGAACAACGUAAAGAAAUUGCCGAUCUUCAUACUCUACUCGAUGAUGCACGAUCUCAUUUGGAGAGCGAAAGACAGGGUACUCACAAGUCGUCUGCCAAUCUUGGUGUGCCGGCGAACAAUCGUGCUUCUAUGGAUUCACAACAUGGCAGUCCAUACAUGGCUUCUCCUAUUCCAGAAUCAGAAAGUGUUUCUCCAAUGAUGAAUGGACAAGGUGCAUCUUAUUCACCUAGCAUGCAUGCUUCCAAACGAUUCUCGACUGCCAGUACGCAAAGUAGACGAAGCUAUGGAUCAGGAAUGGGUGGUAACAGCAUGUCCUCUUCCGAAGCAAUGGCAAAGGAAAUGUCAGGCUUGCGUUCGAUCGUCAAUACGCUCAAUCAAGAAUUGACAGAAGUAAAGGUGACAAGCAAACAGCAAGAACGUGAAUUACGUGCUCAAAUUGAACACUUGAAGAAUGAAUCACGAAGAUUCGAAUUGCUUGCAGCAGAUCAGGGUGCCAAAUCUGUUGAUAGUCAAAGUUCUGCCAGUGUUGAAGAAAGGCUAGAAUUAGAGACGAAACUACGUAAUGCCGAAGAAGAAAUCGUUCAACUAAAGAAAAAGGUGCAAGUGAUUGAAAAUGCAAAGCAAGAAGAGAUCGAAAAGCUUAACAAAGAUAUUGCCGAAUUGGAAGCAUUGUGCGAAGCAACUGUUUGGAGACGUGAAGAGCAAGAAGCCAGAAGGGAAGAAUUGGAGAGAAAAGUUGGUAAAUUGCAAAGGCAAUUGGAUCGUUUACAGCAAGGUGGAUCGUUGGAUACUGCCAGUUUAGACGAUGAUCAAUCCAAGUCCAAAGAAGUGGUCAAGAAUGGUGAAAAAGAGCCAUCACGACACACUGAAUCGAUGAGCAAUGGAAACUCCAAAUCUUCAUCAGCACCUUCUCAACAUUCCCGCGAAUCAUCCGAGAAGCACACAACAGAAACGCCCGAAAUUCCAACUGCACAAAAGCAAGCUCCACAACCUCCUAAUCAACCCGCACCUCCUGCUCCUGCACCGAAGGCUAAUGCUACUUCGACGACAUGUGCUGAAUGCAACGAAGCCGGCCAUGCGAUGGACGAUUGUCCUUAUUUGAACGAUGAUGUCUUGUUCUGAUGAAGGCUACCUCCACAAAUAAUAAAUUGUAUCAUAUGUUCACAAAUCCAGCAAUGAGAUUAAAUAUCAGCAC